AUGGAGGAGGAGGAAGAGGAGGUGGAGGUGGUGGAGACGGCAGGAGCAGGAGCACCUCCAGCGGGGGGCCCUGGUGUCAGCGGUGAAGCGGGGUCAGAGUGGGAGAGACACGCAGCUCAGACGGUGAAGGUCAGUGCUUUAGACCAGUCUGAGACAAACAGGAGGAGGAGGAGGAAGAGGAGGAGGAGGAGGAAGAGGAGGAGGAGGGACUGGAUACAGGAGCAGAGGAGGAGGAGGAAGAGGAGGAGGUGGGACUGGAUACAGGAGCAGAGGAAGAGUAGGAGGUGGGACUGGAUACAGGAGCAGAGGAGGAGGAGGAAGAGGAGGAGGAAGAGGAGGAGGAGGGACUGGAUACAGGAGCAGAGCAGGAGGAAGAGGAUGAAGAGGAGGAGGAGGGACUGGAUACAGGAGCAGAGGAGGAGGAGGAAGAGGAGGAGGUGGGACUGGAUACAGGAGCAGAGGAAGAGAGCAGAGCAGGAGGAAGAGGAUGAAGAGGAGGAGGUGGGAAUGGAUACAGGAGCAGAGGAGGAGGAGGAAGAGGAGGAGGUGGGACUGGAUACAGGAGCAGAGGAGGAGGAGGAAGAGGAGGAGGAAGAGGAGGAGGAGGGACUGGAUACAGGAGCAGAGCAGGAGGAAGAGGAUGAAGAGGAGGAGGUGGGAAUGGAUACAGGAGCAGAGGAGGAGGAGGAAGAGGAGGAGGUGGGACUGGAUACAGGAGCAGAGGAAGAGGAGGAGGAAGAGGAGGAAGAGGAGGAAGAGGAGGAGGUGGGACUGGAUACAAGAGCAGAGGAGGAGGAGGAAGAGGAGGAGGAGGAGGAGGAGGAGGAGGAGGAGGAGGAGGAGGAGGAGGAGGAGGAGGAGGAGGAAGAGGAGGAGGAGGAGGAGGAGGAGGAGGAGGCCUGGCUGCAGAUGCGUUUCCAUGCACACAGAGCUGGCCGUGGCGGCGGUCGGGUGGGAGGAUGUGAGGCAGAAGACUACUCCCUUUGCGAAGCUUUGUUGUGUGACAGAGACAGCCCACCCUAA